CACUCGGGCGGCCCCGCUGGCUGCCGGCUCUUGCGGCGGUGCCAUCUCGCGGCUUCCCCUUCUCCAAACCUCCUCCAGCCGCUGCACUUGGCAGUGAGAGCGCGUUGUGAAGGCCACCAGGGCGCGCGUGGAUCUGGGCGCUGCGGGGCCGGGAGGUGCGCGCCGCGCAGGCGGGCGAGGAAACGGCUCCCGGCGCUGCGGGCGACCCCUGGGUAAGGCACCCCCCAGCCAGUCUGGGCAAUUAGUGCCCCAGGGCCCGGUACCUGCCUGGGACGGGGGAAGGCAGCGGAGGAAGCGUGGCAUCCGAGACUUUAAACCCAGGACAUAGACCUUCAUUUACAAAUGGGUGUUGUCUGGAAGAAACGAGAAGAUUGGCAGAAUUUUUUUUAAGUACCAAGACUUGACUGUGACAUACUCCGCGCACAUGGCAUUUAUAAGAUGCUCUUUCAGGUGGACCAAGCCCUUGGCCAUAGAUCCCUGGUCACUUAUACUCAUUCUCUUUUCUGUACAACAUGUGUAUGGGAGCGGAAAGAAGUUUAUUGGUCCUUGUGGAGGAAGAGAUUGCUCUGCUUGCCGGUGUUUUCCUGAAAAGGGGUCUAGGGGUCAACCCGGACUCCCAGGGUUGCAGGGCCCUAUUGGACCCCUGGGACCUCCAGGACCCAUUGGAAUUCCAGGAGAGAAAGGGAGGAGAGGUGACAGUGGCCCUCCUGGAGCAGCAGGUGACAAAGGAGAUAAGGGUCCAACUGGUGUCCCCGGAUUUCCAGGUUUAGACGGCAUACCUGGGCACCCAGGCCCUCCUGGACCCAGAGGCACACCUGGCAUAAAUGGCUACAAUGGCUCAAGAGGUGAUCCAGGGCUUCCAGGAGAAAGAGGCGCUCCUGGCCCAGGAGGCCCCCCAGGCCUUCCUGGGGCAAAUGGAGAAAAAGGAAAUUCAGUCUUCAUUUUUGGUGCCAUUAAAGGUAUUCAGGGUGACAGAGGGGACCCAGGACCUCCUGGCUUACCAGGAUCAAGGGGCUCCAGAGGACCAGUGGGCCCAGUGGGAUAUCCGGGAGCGCCGGGGUUAACAGGACCUCCGGGCCAUCCUGGGAGUCCAGGUUUGAAGGGUAAUCCUGGCGUGGGAGUAAAGGGGCAAAUGGGAGACCCGGGUGAGAUUGGCCAGCAAGGUUCUCCGGGACCCACCCUGUUGGUACAGCCACCUGAUUUUAGUCUCUAUAAAGGAGAAAAGGGUAUAAAAGGAAUGCCUGGAAUGAUUGGACCUCCGGGACCUCCUGGACCCAAGGGAGUCCCUGGUACUGGAGAAAAAGGAGAGAAAGGUGUUCCUGGGUUUCCAGGACCUCGGGGUAACCCUGGUUCCUAUGGAUCUCCAGGUUUUCCAGGAUUAAAGGGGGAACCAGGACUGUCUGGAGAGCCUGGGCCAUUUGGAUUUCUUGGUCCAAAGGGGGAUCCUGGAUAUCGCGGGGACCCAGGGCCACCAGGUGUUUUGACAACUCCCUCUCUUCCACUGAAAGGCCCUCCAGGGGAUCCAGGGUUUCCUGGCCGCCAUGGAGAAGUGGGGGCUAUUGGACCACCUGGUCCCCCUGGUCACUCAGGUAGCCCAGGGGAAGCCUGUGCAGGCAUGAUGGGACCCCCUGGGCCACGAGGGUUUCCUGGUCAUCCAGGAUUUCCAGGGGCAGCUGGUAUUCCUGGGAGAGCUGAUUCUGCUCCAGGAAAGUCAGGGAACCCGGGACCACCUGGGUUGCCUGGAGCACCAGGGCGGCAGGGACCUCCAGGAUCAGACGCUAUAUAUUGUACUGCUGGGCACCCUGGACCACAAGGAAUGAAAGGCAAAGUGGGUCCUCCAGGAAGAAGAGGCUCAAAAGGUGAAAAAGGAAGCAUGGGGCUCUGUGCCUGCCAGCCCGGUCCCAUGGGCCCACCAGGCCCUCCAGGACUUCCUGGGAGGCAGGGUAGUAAGGGAGACUUGGGCCUCCCUGGGUGGCUUGGAGAAAAAGGUUACCCAGGCCCUCCUGGUGCAGAAGGAUCUCCAGGGCCACCAGGAAAACCUGGUGCUUCAGGACUACCUGGCAGCAAAGGAGAAAAGGGCGACAUGGUUGUAUCAAGAGUUAAAGGGCGCAAAGGAGAAAGAGGUCCUGAUGGGCCCCCAGGAUUUCCAGGACAGCAAGGACAACAUGGUCGGGAUGGUCGCGCUGGAGAAAAAGGGGAUCCAGGACCCCCAGGGGAUCAUGAAGCUGCAGCCCCAGGUGAUCGAGGGUUUCCUGGACCGCCGGGCCCACCUGGCAGAGCAGGACCUAGGGGUCCUCCAGGACUGGGAUUUCCUGGUCUACCGGGACAGAGAGGGCCACCAGGAGCUCCAGGCCGCCCGGGCAGCAGGGGCCCUGAGGGCGUGAAGGGUCAGAAAGGUGAUACAAUUCCUUGUAACGUAACCUACCCAGGGAGGCCAGGCCCUCCAGGCUUUGAUGGACCUCCAGGUCCAAAGGGAUUUCCAGGUCCUCGGGGCGCUCCUGGGCUGAGGUGUUUGGAUGGGGUUAAAGGUCAGCGUGGCCAACCAGGACUAUCAGAAAUACCUGGUCCACCUGGCUUUCGUGGUGACAUAGGCGAUCCAGGUCUUAGAGGUGAAAAGGGGUCCUCCCCUGUGGGGCCCCCAGGCUCUCCAGGGUCACCUGGGGUGAAUGGUCAGAAAGGAAUUCCCGGAGACCCUGCUUAUGGCCACCCAGGACCCCCGGGAAGGAGGGGUCCUUCAGGGAUGCCAGGGUUGAAAGGACUCAGAGGUGAUCCAGGACGUCCAGGAGCUGCAGGGCCAGCUGGCAUGCCCGGAUUCCCGGGUCUCAAAGGUCCCAAAGGCAGAGAGGGAAGUGCUGGGUUUCCAGGUAUCCCAGGUCCACCUGGCCAUUCCUGUGAAAGAGGCGCUCCAGGGAUCCCAGGGCAACCGGGCCUCCCUGGGGCUCCAGGCAGUCCAGGUGCCCCAGGUUGGAAAGGACAGCGAGGGGAUGUGGGGCCUCCUGGACCAGCUGGAAUGAAGGGCCUCCCUGGAGUCCCGGGACGGCCUGGGGCAGACGGACCCCUGGGACCACCAGGAGUCCCAGGCCCCUUUGGGGAUGAUGGACUACCUGGCCUUCCAGGCCCAAAGGGACUCCAGGGGCUGCCUGGCUUCCCAGGGUUUCCAGGAGAGAGAGGAAAGCCUGGUCCAGAGGGACAACCUGGCCGAAAGGGAGAAAUUGGAGAGAAGGGUUGGCCUGGCUUCCUGGGAGACCCGGGACUGAGAGGAGCCAAAGGAUCGAGAGGACCCCCAGGAGAUGAAGGAGAAGUGGUUAUAAUUCCCAGAAAGGGGGAAACCGGGGAUCCUGGACCUCCUGGAGAUGGUGGAUUCCCAGGAGAAGGAGGUGAUAAAGGCAAUCCUGGGAUGCAAGGGAGCAGAGGAGAGCCGGGAAGACACGGACCACCUGGAUUUCACAGAGGAGAGCCUGGUAGAAAUGGGCAGCCGGGGCUUCCUGGACCCCCAGGCCCUCCAGGCUCCCCGGGGCUGAGAGGGAUCAUUGGUUUUCCAGGAUUUCCAGGUGACCAGGGUCAGCCGGGUUCUCCAGGGCCCCCUGGACUUUCAGGAGUUGAUGGAAGGAGAGGACCUAAAGGAAACAAAGGUGACCUUGCAAGUCAGUUUGGCCCCCCUGGUCCAAAUGGUGAGCCAGGUAGCCCUGGAUGUCCAGGACAUUUUGGAGCUCCUGGAGAGCAGGGCUUGCCUGGUGUUCAAGGAUCCAGGGGACCACCUGGAAGACCAGGACUGCCUGGCUCCUCUGGACCACCAGGGUGUCCAGGUAAUCAAGGGGUGCCUGGGCUGGAAGGACAUCCAGGAGAGAUGGGGGAUCCUGGGCCAAGAGGCCUCAUGGGGGAUCCAGGGACACCAGGUCUUCCGGGAAUAAAAGGUCCCCCAGGGUCACCCGGCCUGAAUGGCUUGCAUGGUUUAAAGGGUCAGAAAGGAAGCGAAGGCGCUUCAGGUUUGCAUGAAGUGGGUCCACGCGGCCCAGUGGGAAUACCUGGGCUGAAAGGGGAGACGGGAGACCCCGGGAGCCCAGGAAUUUCUCCUCCAGGGCUUUUUGGAGAAAAAGGUCCUCCAGGGCCCCCAGGGAGACCUGGACCACCUGGCCCUGCAGGUGCCACAGGAAGAGCUCCUACGGGUGACAUUCCUGACUCGGGUCCACCUGGAGAUCAGGGACCUCCUGGCCCCGAUGGUCUGAGAGGAACACCUGGGCCUCCCGGCCCCCCUGGGAGUGUCGACCUUCUGAGAGGGGAACCAGGUGACCGUGGUCUUCCAGGGCCACCAGGUCCCCCAGGCCCCCCAGGCCCUCCAGGACACAAAGGCUUCCCAGGGUGUGAUGGAAAAGACGGCCAGAAAGGACCCAUGGGAUUCCCGGGGCCGCCGGGGCCACCUGGACUUCCUGGGCCACCUGGAGAGAAGGGUUUGCUGGGACCUCCAGGGAGACAGGGGCCCUCUGGCCCUCCGGGUUCCAGAGGUGAACCUGGGCCACCUGCAGAUGUGGAUUCCUGCCCCCGAAUCCCGGGGCUUCCUGGGGUACCAGGCCCAAGAGGCCCAGAAGGAGAGAUGGGGCCCCCUGGAAUGAGGGGCCCCCCAGGACCAGGGUGCAAAGGAGAGCCUGGGCUGGAUGGCAGGAGGGGCGAGGAUGGCAUCCCUGGGUCUCCCGGGCCUCCAGGACACAAAGGUGACAUGGGAGAAGCUGGCUGCCCUGGAGCACCAGGCCCUCCUGGGCCCACUGGGGAUCCUGGGCCCAAAGGGCUUGGCCCUGGAUACCUCAGUGGCUUCCUCCUGGUUCUCCACAGUCAGACAGAUGGAGAGCCCACCUGCCCCGUGGGCAUGCCCAAGCUCUGGACGGGCUAUAGUCUGUUAUACCUGGAAGGGCAGGAGAAAGCUCACAAUCAAGACCUCGGCCUGGCGGGAUCUUGCCUUCCUGUGUUUAGUACACUGCCCUUUGCCUACUGCAACAUCCACCAAGUGUGCCACUAUGCCCAGAGAAAUGACAGAUCCUAUUGGCUGGCCAGCGCUGCACCCCUGCCCAUGAUGCCACUCUCGGAAGAGGAGAUCCGCCCCUACAUCAGCCGCUGUGCUGUGUGUGAGGCCCCGGCUCAGGCGGUGGCGGUGCACAGCCAGGACCAGUCCAUCCCCGCGUGUCCGCGGACCUGGAAGAGCCUUUGGAUCGGGUACUCAUUCCUGAUGCACACAGGAGCUGGGGACCAAGGAGGAGGGCAGGCCCUCAUGUCACCUGGCAGCUGCCUGGAGGACUUCAGAGCGGCACCAUUCCUUGAAUGCCAAGGCCGGCAGGGCACUUGCCACUUUUUUGCAAAUGAGUAUAGCUUCUGGCUGACAACAGUGAAACCCGACUUGGAGUUCUCCUCGGCACCAUCACCAGACACCUUAAAAGAAAGCCAGGCCCAGCGCCAGAAAAUCAGCAGGUGCCAGGUCUGUCUGAAGUAUGGCUAGAGAACCCACAAUUCGCCAUCAUGUCGCCAACAGACACCUUCCUAGGGGGCUAAGCCUUCCUAGGCUGUGCUAAGAGAUUUAAUGGUGCUCAUUUCAGACUCCAGCCUCAGCUGUUCCUUCUGUUUCAAUGUGGUUAUUUCCACAGUACUGUAAUUCCUUCCUCUGUUCAGGAUGGAUUAAGCAAAUGCUACACGUAUGGAUUUGCUUGGACUUACCAAUCUAAAUGAAACCCAGAUAUUUGUAUUUUAUUAAGCAUGGUGGAAGAGCUGGCUUUAUUUAAAAAUAUGCUAAUUCACAGCAAGGCAAAUAGAUGAUAAAGGCCAGAUUACAAAUUACAUUACUGAAAACUUCAUUCAUUGGUUAAUAGCACCUCAAACAAGUGAAGUCAAUUACUCUAUAAUAGAG